UGAUAGCAACCGACCUAAUAGCGCUCACCGGGGACCUACUCGGCCGGCGGUUAAAUCUUAAGCCCAAAAUUUCUGGUAUUAGGGCGACCUUGCCACCUUGGUGAGUUGCAGGUGAUACCCGAGCACGGUGCUACUGUAUGCCACGGGCUCGCCGCUCGAGUCCGGCGCCAGGUAAGCGCAUAUUUUUUCAGACAUCCCACUCGGGCUGUAUGCACCUCUCAACUGCAAUACAAAAUUGCAUCUGGCAGAACCGCAACACAAAAUUGCGACGGGCAGAGAGUAACUUGCCAGACCUAUCAUGACGAUACUGCCGAAAUCAGACAUCGAAAUUCUCUGUCAGUGCAUAGACGAUGAAAGUGGAUACUAUCGUCUCCGGGUGGGCCGAAGAGUCCACUAUCUCACAAUCUCCUCGGGCGUAUUCGACGACGAUACUAUGUGUCGGCCCUAUCUCCUCAUUCCCAGGUUGCCAAACCUUCCCGACUCGCCGUGGACCACUAUGACUAUCUCGCGGGACGAGGAUGGCUCCCUCACGUCAAUCAUCUCUACGGACCCACUGCCCGAGAUCCAGACAACCUGGCAUGAACUGCACGUCGAUGUGUUGAGCUUGGAGAGAACGAGGCGUUUCCGCUCGGGAGUGCAUGAGGUCCAAUAUGAUGGCGCACCUGCCAUCGCCAAGAUCGCAUGCUUUAAAUGGGACAUAGCUCGGAUUGAGCGCGAGACGUGGGCGUACUCGAUAAUGGCACGUCAUCAUGGCCAACAUCCCAACGAGUCUCCCAUUGCACCUAAGUUCCUCGGCCAUUUGACUGAGAACGGUAGAACCAUGGGUUUCUUGCUGCAAAAGGUGCAUGGAAGGUCGGCCUGUGUCGACGACUUGACCAACUGUGAGGCGCUACUUCGCAGACUGUAUCGGCUGGGGCUGAUUCAUGGUGACGUGAAUCGGCAUAACUUCCUCGUUGACAGUGUUUCUGGAAGCGGCAUGCGUCUGGUUGAUUUUGAACAUGCCGAGGAGUUCGACGAAAGGCUGGCUAGAGCAGAGUUGCUGUCCUUGCCGGCGGAGCUAGCCGAAGAAACUGGGCGGGGAGCGACCGUGGUACUGCAAUGAGGCCCGGACGGGAAAGCAUGUACUUAGUGGACGAAAUAAAUAAGAUACUUGAUAGCCAAGGGUAUUGGAGACUGUGUAGGAAGCUCUCGAAAAUGCCAUAAAUGACUUCCACAGCGUGUUGACCAAAGAUCAACGCGGCAGAUUAUUUCGCCUCGGGGCCGUACGCGAUCCAGAGACG